ACAACAAAUAAAUAAUUAUAUAUCUAUAUUUCAAAUAUAAAUAAAGUCUGUGAAAAGUUGUAUAUUUAAGCUUAAAAAUUUAAUAAAAGCAGAGCCUAAUUAAAUUAAUUACAAAAUAAAAUCAGAUAAAGGAAAUAAAAAUAAAGUGUGUGUUGUGUUUGUGCUUGAAAUUAAAAAAAAAAAAAAAUAUCUAUUAAAAAUAAAAAAAAAAUAAAAAAAUAAUGUUAUCACUUGCGUAUCUUUAUAAUAUGAUUACGCUGUCGGCAUGAAAUGGAAGCAGCCAUUCGGUCUUCAGUGCAGGUCGGUGGUCCACCGCCACCCGGACAAAGAGGUGGUGGCGGAAGUGAUAACGGACCAUCGUCACAGCAACAAAAUCAGCAAGGAGGUGCUCCAUCUUCAUCACAGCCGCAAGGAAAUAUGUCGGCCUAUCAACAAAGAAUACCAUCAGGAGCAUCACCGAUUCAUAGGCCGGUCGAUACACCGCAAUCAUAUGCGAAGGGUGGCAUUGGACCGCCACCCCCGCAACAACAACCCCAAUCACGAUCGGCAACUAGUCCACUCUCACCACCGCGCCCAGGACCGGGCGCUACAGCCAAUACCUAUCCUAAGUUUGCGGACGUUAAUGCAGUUCGCGAAGCACCUCACCGUUACAUACAGCAAAGCUCGUACAGUAUUGGUCCGGUUGCACAAUACCGCGAGAGCCCAUACACUCGAAUACCUCCAAUGCCGCCAGCCCAAGUCCAAGACUACCAUCGUGCAGCAGCGGCCGCAGCCUCAGUCGCUUCAUCACCGAUUGUUGUGUCGAGCAGCAAUAGCCUACCAACGAUGGUUUCUGGCGUACCCACCGCCAGUACGAUGGAUGGUACCGUGCAAUAUUCGCACGCAUCAUCCGGUCAGUUACUUGGGAGCGUUGGUGUAGCCGGAGGAGGAGGCGGUGGAGGUGGGCCAGUUGGAUCUGGAGGUAUGUUAGCCGUUGGACGACAACGUAUUCCCGGUGUAUUGCUUUCGCAUACGCAGCCACCGUCUGUGCAAUAUGCAACCAGUGAUUACAUUGUGCAUGCGCGGCAACAGCAGCAGCAGAAUCAGCAAGCACCUCCGGAUCCUGGAGGACAACCGUAUAAGAAAAUGCGACUCAGCGACUCCAAUCACCUGCCACCCGUUGUUUCAAGUAUGAAUGCUGCCGGACAACAAAGCAUACCCACACAACCACAUCCGCACUCGCAACACCAUCAGCAACAUCAACAACAUCCGCCGACGCAACCCCCAACGCAGCAGCAACAACAACAGCAGCAGCAAACAGUCCCCCAACAGUCGCAGCACCUUUCGCAACAAUCAUCGCAGCAACAACAGUCCCAGCUACAACAGCAACAACCACCCACAUCAUCCCUCAUAGUCAAUCGCAGCUCACAUAUACUACAGUCGCAUUCGCAACAGCCCCAGGUACCCCUUCCUCCAACUAGUAUGAACAGCAGCUUACUCAAUAGCGGCCACCAAUCGGCGAUUAUAAAUAUUCCGGCGACACAACAGCUGAAGAUUGAAACGCGAGAACAACAGCGGCCCCCGCAGACGACUGAAGCCUACCAUCCCCAAGUAGAGGCGAUCUCCCCCACACUGCCAAAUGAAAUCGGCGAAGAGCGUCGUACCGCCAAGGAAGACCUACUAAUGCAAAUUCAGAAAGUCGACCAAGAGAUCGUCAACGCCGAAAACACCCUGGCUAGCUUAACCAAGAAGGCGGAGCUGCUGCAGGAGGCCUCGAGUAAGCCCAAAAAGGCCGAAGAGGAGAAACUGCUACAGCCCAAGCGACGCCAUCAAAGUUUGGCUCAAAAGAUCUACGAUGAGAAUCGCAAGAUCGCUGCCGCCCAACAUUCCAUUCUGAGUUCGUUAGGUCCACCCGUUGAGCUGCCGCUGUAUAAUCAACCAUGCGAUGUGGAGGCCUGUGCGGAAAUCAUCAAACGCCACCAGGCGACAAUAAAGUCGCGUUUGUUGGAGCAUUUAAAAAAGGUUAAACAUGACCGAUACGUCUACAACACUGGACUGGUGGAAAAAUACGCCCAAAUGUCGCAAGAAUGGCUUAAACGGGUCGAAAAGUCUGAGUCCAGCGCUAAGCGAAAAGCUCGCGAAGCCAAAAACCGAGAAUUCUUUGAGAAAGUGUUCACGGAGCUGCGCAAGCAACGCGAAGAUAAGGAGCGCUUCAAUCGUGUCGGCUCACGGAUUAAAUCCGAAGCCGAUUUGGAAGAGAUUAUGGAUGGACUGCAGGAGCAGGCCAUGGAAGACAAGAAAAUGCGAUCCUAUGCUGUGAUACCACCACUGAUGUAUGACGCUAAAAAGCGACGUGCAAUCUACCACAAUGAGAAUGGCGCUCUGUCGGACAUGGUGGCUGACUAUAAAGAUCGCCAAAACGUGAACGUCUGGACCGCUGGCGAGAAGGAAAUUUUCAAAGAGAAAUUUCUGCAACAUCCGAAAAACUUUGGAGCUAUUGCUGCGAGUUUGGAUCGCAAAUCUGCGCAGGAUUGUGUUCGCUACUACUACCUCAGUAAGAAAACGGAAAACUACAAGCAGUUGCUGCGAAAAUCCCGACAGCGAACGCGAAGCUCGAGAAACCCUCAGAAAUCGCAACAAGCGCAGUCCCAAUGCAUUAUCGAUUCCCUGACGACUGGAGUCACGACUCGUCUGCAGCGUGAACAACAACAAAAGACUGGUGGACGUGAUCGUUCUGCUGCACAUUUGUCGUCGCAUAACUCGUCAUCGUCUUCAAACACUUCAACGGCUACGACAACAACGACGACAACACCGACGACAUCAACUGCGUCUACUACGACACUUUCUUCAUCCGUAGCCUCUACUAGUUCAACUACAACAACUGCGAGUAGUUCAACGGGCGCUACUGUUACAUCUUCAAAAACUUCUGGUUCCUCGACAACGCCUACGACAACAUCAACAACUUCGUUGUCAUCAACGUCCAGCAAGUCGGCAAGUGAUUCUUCUGCACCUGCAACAACGGCAACAACAACAUCUGCGACAACUUCAUCAACCACCACUACGUCUGUAGCAAACACCAGCAGCACCUCAUUGGUGACAACUUCAUGUACAAUAACUUCAACAACAACAACAUCAGUGACGGAACCAUCAUCAUCAACUACCACCACGACUACAACCAGUGCAUCCGAAAACUCAGAAUCGAGUUCGAAAGCAACCAAUGUGGACCGGAAGUCACCUUCGACAGCAACCACUCUGGUUUCAAACUCGACUACUGGAAAAGAUGACAAACCCGAAAGCGUUGCCAACAGCUUAUCGAGUACUGAAACCAAUGGAACAAAAACAGCAACCACUGUGGAUGCCAUUGGUGAAAAAUCAGAUUCUACCACGAGUUCCACAGAAGCAAAAAGUGUCGAAGACAAGACUGGUUCUGUGUCAUCAAAUGUGCCGACAACCAGUGAGAAGGAUGUGGCUUUGCCACCCAAAUCUGUCACUCCCAAUGCAGCUGGAAAUGGAAACUCCAAGUCUCCUUUGGAUGGUAGUGCAAUGUUGGUACAACAACAAAACAACAAUAGUGCGUCGAUUAAUUCAAAUACACAUACGGCUGGAGCACCAAAUGGCAUCAAAAGCUCAUAUGCUGCUGUGUAUGCUUCAUCCAUUAAUGCAGGCAAUGAAGUUAAAUCAUCGGCAGUGAUAGGAGCAGCAGCAGCAGGAGGAGGAGGAGGCUCUGCAACUACUACUGACAAGGACAACGUUGGUUCGUUGAAAAUGACAGAAAGUGGCCUCAUUCUACCAGGACAGAAAACAAAGGCAACCGAUGCUGAUGGUGGCAGUGAUAAUAACUCCGAUGUUAGUGAGCCGAAAAAGAAACAUCUUGAAGUGGAAACUCCUUCGAUUCCUGCCAACUCAAUAAAUGACGCUGCAACAGCAGUGACGUUGAACGAUAACUCCUCAACUGAAAACAAAGAAAAACUGAACCCUUGUUUUGUUUGCAAAGCUGAAGCGUGUCCUCGUACUCGUCCAUUGAAAAAAGGACGUGGUCAACAAUAUGGCAUCCCAGAUGAUACUAUUCCGGCUGGAGCUAGAGUGUGCAAUUCAUGUCAGUGCAAAUCGGUGCGAAAUCGUCAUCCCAAUUGCCCUCUGCCUACAUGUCCCAAUUCCAAGGAUCGUGCGAAACGUCUUCAUAAUAUACCACCACGCUUGUUUGAACUGGCUUCGGAUAUACGUGAUCCUAUUAUCCAGGAAUUCCAAAUUCCAAGUAAUGCAAGUCGUUGUUGUUCAGCGUGUUUGAUGCGAAUCCGCCGCAAAUUAGAUCCACAUGUGAAUCUAACUGAUGAAGAGCGCCGAACAGAUGGCGAUGAAUCAGAUUUGAGUACAUCGUCGUGCGAUGAGCGUGACGGUGGAAGUGAUACGGCUUCAGUUGAUAGUCCUGAAAAUCAUGGUCGCCAUGGAAGUGUUUUGCAAAAAGACCAACUUAAACAAAAAUCAGCGGAUGUAUCGAGUGCAGCGAUUGCAUUGAGUAAAAUGGAUGAGCGGUUGUUGCCGCCACAGCAAGCUCCUAAGAAGCAAAAAACUUCGGAAGAGUAUGAUAGCUCGGCGACAGAGACAGCCGAUGAAGAAAAUGAAAAUUCUCCGGCGAAUCGUCAGAGCCCCAAAGUGAUAUCAAGUUCCGCAGGAUCGGCGAAUGGUGCAAUGGUUCCACCAGCUUCUGGCAAUGGCCAACAGCAACCAAAUGGUCCUCCACGCCCUGGCGAACAAUCGAUGAAUGUUCAAGACUUUGUGUAUAGUGUGAUUGAAAGAUCUUUAAAAACGGUUGGUCAACCGUCUUCGCAGAUGAAAAAUUCCAUCACUUCGCAACAAGUGAAAGCCAAUAAUGGGCCUCACCAACAACAACAGCAACAACAACAACAACAGCAGCAGCAACAACAAAGUGGAGGAGCUAAUAGCAAUGAUGUAACAUUUGUGCGAGAGUUCCGCAGUGAUGGUUCAAUAGUGAAGCAACAACAAUCGCUUCAACAACAACAACAAGCGCUUCACCAGCAACAACAACAGCAACAACAGCAGCAGCAAUCGCAACAUCAGCAACAACAACAACAGCAGCAGCAACAACAUAUGACGCAGUCCUCUUUACAACCUCCAACAACAUCGAUUCCAACAACAACGAAUCUGCAGCAAUCCUCCGUCUCAGCAGUCCCUAUUUCUCGGCAAUCAGUUUCUGCGGCGGAAAAUCUAGCAACUUUAUCUGUUGUCAACUCGCAUAUGCACAUGCCACCACAAAUCAUUAGCCAUCCCCAUGGAAUUGCUGCAACUAUAACGCCUGUUAAAGUACCACAACCCCAGCCGCAUGAUCUAAGGGACAAGGAUGAGAUUAUCUACAGUGUACGACCAAGCGAACCAGAACCACAGACUCUUGAUCUUUCCAUUAAGAAACCAUCAAGAGAUUCAGGUCCUUCACCUCAGCAGCAUCAACAACAGCUUCAACAACAGCAACAACAACAGCACCAGCAACAACAACAUCAACAGCCACAUCAACAGCAACACCAACAACAACACCAUCAGCAACAACAACAACAUCAGCAACAGCAUCAACAACAACCACCUCCUCAGCAGAUGCACCUUUCGAAACACGUUGUUGGUAACAAUUCCACGUCGAUUUAUCGCACUGGCUGUGAUGCUCCUUCUGCACCUUCAUCGUAUAUGGCUUACCAUCAUGCAGCUGCUGCAGCCGCUGCUGAUCUGGGUCGAUCGACAAAUAAAUCAUCGGCAGCUUCUUCGCUUUAUGUGUCCCAAGUACCUGUACCGAUAUCAAUAUCCCAGCAGCCGCCUUCAGCGGUCGUUAGACAACAGCAGCUGCCACCGCCAAGUCAUGGACAACUUCAACAAUCUGGUCCUCAGUCGGGGAAGAACAAAAUGCCUCCAAAGUUAUCUCCCCAAAUGCAUCAUCCAGGUCAUCCACACCAGCAGUCGCCGAGCCCCAGUCAACUGGUGUCUGCUUCUGCAGGUCCCAAAGGCUCAAUUACGCAUGGAACACCUAUGAACAACGCUCAGCAGCAAAUAAUUGUGCAAGGUAGUGCUGCUUCCACCCUCAGUCCAAAAUUCGAGGGAAUUCUUCGGCAGACACCUCCAUCAAGUAGCAAUGAUAGCAACAAAUUGGGUUCCAUCACUCAGGGAACACCAAUACAUUUACCAUCGCAUCAUCUACAGGAGAGUAGCAAGCGAGUGUUUGAAUACUACAAAACUAGUCGUCAAAGUCCAGCCCAACAAGGCGCUGGUAACUCGGGCAGUCAGCAACAACAACCGCAACAGUCAAUGCCAACUCAUUCGCAGCAGUCUAGCCCACAGGCGCCAAACUUUGUGAAUUCACCAUAUGCCAGGCCGGUGUCCUAUUCGACAAUGGAACAACCACAGCCGGUUUUGAGUACGCGACAGAUAGUAAUGCAUGACUAUAUAACCUCGCAGCAGAUGCAGGGACAACAAAGGAAUGUGUCGCGAAGCGACAAGGAAUCUCCGUCGCCGCGAAAUAGUGCCUUGGGUGGAUCGCCUGCGUUGAUUUAUUACGAUAAGGAACGUGGCCGGCCCACUGAAUAUGGGUCAAGUCGGGCCUCACCAGCUGACCAUGCAAAUAGUACUCCAAGUCCACAUCGAACACCGCCACCACAACGACAAGGUGUCAUUCAGCGUCAUAAUACGGGCUCCAAACCGCCUUCACCAGCAGCCCCGCCAAAUCGUAUGCAUGCCAUGCCGCACAAUUAUCCACCAGCUGGUCACGACGCCUUUUCUUCUUUCGUCGAUGUUGCAGUUCAACAGCCACAGUUGCCCGUCCCGCAAAAGGACGAAAAACGUCAGAUGCCUGAUCAUCAACCACCACCACCUCCGCAUCAUGACAUUCGCUAUCAUCCGGCACAAAUAGCUCGUGAUCAUGUUGCCAUGCAAAUACAGCAACAUCAGCAACAGCAACAACAACAACACCAUCAGCAGCAACAACAACAUUUUCGUCAGCAACAACAACAUAUGGCUGAUAUGCAUCGCCGUAUGGAGCAAUGCAAACGUGACCGUUUGCUGGAACGUGACAUGCAAAAACGUCAAGAACAAAGAGAACAAAGGGAACGCAUAGCUGAGCGCCAGAACCAAGAACGCCUACAAGCCGAACGCGAUCGUAUUGAUAGAGAACGCGAACGUGAGCGUGAAAGAGAACGUGAUCGAGAGCGAAGAGAUCGCGAACGAGAGCGUCUUGAAGAGCAAGAAAGGGAAGGUCGUCGCUUGGAAAAUGCAAGAAUAUACGCAGCUAAUGCUGCACCACCCCCAGGAGGUCCACCGCACUAUAUGAGAGCUGAUGGACCUCCUCGGGCAAUACCCGACCGAGAACGAGAUCCCUAUCAUAGGCCGCAUACGGGACGUUCCCAAGAGAGUACCCUAUCGGCAGCGUGCCUAAUCGAUGCAAUCAUUAAACACUCGAUUAGCCAGGGAGCCUCCGAACCACCACCGGCUAAUAUGACUCGAGAUGCUUCACGAACAUCAUUUUACAACCCUCGUGAUAUUCCUCAACACCAUCAUGCAGCAAUUGCAGCUGCAGAAAACAACGGUAAAGCCAAUUCGCCUAAUGUGAUCAACAUCGAUUUAGAUACCGGUGAACAACAGCAUCAACAACAGCAGCAAUCACAACAACAACAGCAACAACAACAACAGCAACAACAACAACAACAGCAGCAGCAACAACACCAACGUGUGGGAGUUAGUGGUCCGCCGAGUAAUAGACAACCUCCGCCAGCUCAGGUUUUGACUAAGAACAUCACUUUUGGAGAGUUGACCGAAUCAAUAAUAGCCAAGGAUUAUGGACCAAAUCCAAUGCAUUUACGUCCCUUCAUGUACAUGCAAGAUCCACAAGCUAUUGUAACACCAGAUCGCUGGAAAUACAAUCGGCGUAUGCAACAAAAAGAAGCCGAAGCGGCUGCUGCCGCUGCUGUCGAACGAGGUAAAAAUUCAUCGUCGUCCGGCUCCUCUUCAGGUGGACGAUCGACAACUCCUGACGAACGACAGAUUAUUCGUAUGGCACAGCCGCCUCUGAGUCCUCGCAAAUUUAUGCAUGAAAUAAUGCCACAUGACGGCGGCCAUUAUUACAUGGCAGCCGCUGCUGCAGCAGCUGGUGGCAAUCCACACGACAGACGAAUGCAGGGUGGUGGAAUUGUCGGCGGCAGCCUUAAUCAUCAGUUCGACACGAUGAAAUAUGUGAAAAAUCGCAUUGUAGAAGCAAUGCGCACUGAAGACGAACGUCGUCCUGAAGAUUUGCAUGCUGCUGCGGCAGCUGCAGCCGCCGUUCACCACGCCAAUGAUCAUCGUCAGCCAGCUGGCAAUGUAGGUGGUAGUCACAAGGAUCAAGAUGGCCUAAUGGGUGGAAAGCAAACAUCGAACUAUGAAGACGGUCGACGUAGUGGUAAUGGCCCGACACAAAAUAAUGACUCCCACCAUCCAUCUGCGUAUCCUCAACCACCAGUAACUACCUUUGCAACUACAACAUACACCUAUCCAUUUAAUGCAUUAAACGUUCAUGGACCACCCCCAAGCUCUGCAGGGCUUGCCAAACUCCAUUCGAACCAAAUUGGUGAUCCAAAUGUUUCUGGCCAUGGUAUGAGUGGUAUAAGCGGUCACAGUGGCAAUCUUCAUCAACAAUCCUCCCAACAAUCAUCAUCCGAACCUAAACCGUUGCUCUCGGCACAGUACGAGGCGCUCAGUGACGAGGAAUAGUAGGCCAAGUAUACAAUUUAUUUUGUUGUUGGCAUACAAAUUAACCUCUUUUAUUAACACAAAUUAUAUUUUAUAUUAGACUUUUUUCUUUUGCUCUUCUUUAAAAUUCACAUUCAAUUCGAUUUAAGUAGGACAAAACAAAAUUGUACAAAAGAGACAGCAAAUUAUUUUUAUAUAAAGAUAAACAAAUUAGAAAUAUUAAUUAUCAUUUGGAAAUUUAUUUAGGAGAAAACAAUUACCUACACUGCAGAUUUAUUUUUCAAUUUUAUUUUCGAUGACAAAUUCUUUUUCUUUUUCUUUUUUUUUUUUUUUGUUAAAGCUCACGAUCCACAUAAAGUUGUGUUUAGAAAAAAAAAUUUACACUUAUCAGAAACAAAUAAAACAAAGAAAAGAAUACAGAUAACAAAUAAAAAACCUCGAGGAUUGCUUAGAAAAAAAACGCGACUAUGAAACGGCUAACAAAACGGUUGAAACAAAUUUUUGUAAAUUGAGCUGUACUUGGGGGUUUUUCUUGGAUUUUUGUGAUUUAUUCUUGGAAUGCUUUUUUCGUCUUCUUCUUUAUAUUCUAAUAUAUAUUUUUGUAAAAGAAUUUUGAGCAUACUUGAAAGCACUUAAUUUUCCUAAACCUAGGCACUGUUUUUAUCAAAUCAAUGAUAAUACAUUUUUUUCUUGCUAAAAUAAUGCACGUUAUGUCAAGAGUUUUAACGUUUAUGCGUUUUCGAAACAUGAUGUUUUUCAAUAUAUAUAAGAUUUUGUAAGAACUCAGACUUUAACACCUCGUUGAAGUGGUACUCAAUUUAUUACUAUACUUAUUCAAUUUUUCAAACUUUUAAUAGCAUGGGCAUAUAUUAUAUUCAUUGCCAUAUCAAUUUUUAAAUUAUUGGCAAAAGCCUUAGAAGAAAAUCCAUAAUUUUUAAUGCACGGAUUGCAGGCUCUGCACAAUAUAAACAUUUACAUACAAAAUUAUUUUAUUUCUAUAUUUUUUUGGAGACAGAAAUUGAAGAAAAAAAAACAUUAUUGUUUUCGAACCAAAAACCCUUCACCCUGAAAUUUGGCCCAAAGAAAAAGAAUGCCUGCUUGCUUAUUUUAAAACUUAAAACUUUUGUAUCCAAAAUAUCUGGAUUCUCGAUAUAAAAAAUAUCUUAAUCACUUACGAUCUGUUUUUGAGAGAUUUGUGAACUCCAGUUGCCGAAUUUCAAAUAAGAUAAAGAAAAAUGUAUUCAGUUGUUGCAAACUUAAAUAAUUAGUUUUGGGUAUAUUGAUUAAAUUUUAAUCUCGCAUCAAUUGUUUUCUUUCAUAGAACCUUUUAAAAAGAACAAAUCGAUUUUCUCAUAAACACAAAAAUCUGCUGAGAGAAAAGAGUUCGUUUUCGAUUAAAUGGCUAUAUUAUAAAUCACUUUUGGGUUCUAAGAGACCAUUGAAUUUAUCAAAAGGACUUUUGCAAACUUGAACUCAUUUUAUUCUAUCUUUCAAUUUUAAUUCGUAUGCAAACAAUAAACUUGUUCUAAGAAACACAAAACAUCCGAAUAAACUCCAUUUCCAGCUCAAACAAUGAAAACACGCAAAUACCGCGCUAAUCGUUUCUCAGAAAUAAAAAACUUCACACAGUUACUCCUUAAAACAUUACAAGAAAAAAAAAAAAAGUUAGAACAAAGCAAAGAUUUAAGCUACCACACAAAAAAAUAUAUUAUAUAUACUAUACAUAUAUAAAUAAUUACAAAUUUAAUGUAAAAUAUAAUAAAUACAAUAAACAAUAAAAAUAAAAUUAACCGUAGAUGGCGUACGUUUGUAUAAAAAGUAAAAACAUAAAUAUUCAUUACGAAAAAUAAGCAAAAGAUUAUAUUUAACACAUAAGUAAAAAAAAAAUUAAAAAAUAAAAAAAAAAAACAACAAAAAUACCAUGCAUUAACGAUUAAAUAUUGUACUACUUAUAUUACUAGUUUUUUUUAGUUAUUUAUUAGUUAAACAACAAAACUUAAAGAGAAAAACAAAUAAUUUUUUGUGCACAUGUAUAAUAAUAAUAAAUAAAAAAAAACAAUAAUUAAUUAUUAAACAAAAAAUGAAAGCAACAACAGACUUCUAAUUUCUAAAUAAACUAGGAUACGUAUGCAUAUAUAUACACUUAAUGUAAUGAAGCAAAAAAACAAAAAAAAAAUAUAUAAAUAUAUAUAUAUAAAAAAUAUAUAUCUAUAAAGAAUUUGUAUAGUUAUGUGAAGAUAAAGGAAAGAAGAAAUAAAUAUCUCUUUAUAAUUAUUAAGUUAAUAUAUAGUUUUCUCUUUUUUAUAUAAAUACGUAUCUUUACUUAUAUAAAAUAAAUAAAACUAAAAAAAAAAAUAAAACCAUAAAUAAAAGUAAUUUUUAUAAGUGAUCAGUUUAGUUAUUAAAUUAAAGAAAAACAAAAGAACCUAAAUCUGUAAAAAUUAGUUAUAACAAUUUGAUUUUUAUUUUAAAAUUUUGUUUACUGAUAUAAUUGUUUGUAGUUUUUUUUUUUUUUUCUUUUAUUUAAAUGUUUAUUUUUUUUAAUUUUUACAUGCUAUACACAAAAUAAUUUGCUAAUCAUAGUUGGCACGUAUAUUUAACGUACACAAUACAAAAAACGAUUAUAGUUAUCAAAUUAAAUUAAAUAAUUAAACAAAAAAAAAAAAAAAACAACAA